CGAAAGAAAUAUGAUGUAUUGGUUAUAGUUCAGCCAAAAUGCUAAAUAAAUAGCCUAUUAGAAAUUAUAAAUUAAAAAUAUUACUAGAAAGAAAAGAAUUCUGUGUGUUACAAAACCCAUAAAACCGCGCCAUGUACAUUCGAAGCUCUAUUAACCACCACCACAGAGCUCUCCUUUGUCUCGCCCUUGUCAACGCCGUCAACGCACUUAUCAUUCCGAUAAGCUCUUAUUCUUUUCUUUAAUGUCGUCGGAAUCCACUUCCGCCGCUGCCUCCUCCUCUUCUAGUCUCUACUGCUCGGAGGACGGUGCCGGCCUCGACUCUCCAUAUGCUGACGAGUGGAUCUCCGAUCACUCUCCGUACUCUUUGCCGUUUGAUGAGACAACCAUCACUGAGCUCUUCGAUUCGGAGACCCAUUACAUGCCCGAACCUGAAUACCUCAGACGGUGCUGCGACCGUUCGAUGGAUGUUACGGACCGUCAGGACUUCAUCAACUGGAUCUUAAGGGUUCACGCGUUCUAUCACUUUUGCCCCGUUACGGCGUUCCUCGCCGUCAACUACUUUGACCGUUUUCUCUCCUCCCAUUCUAUUUUGCAGCUAAACGGGUGGUCGUUUCAGCUUCUUUCCGUAGCGUGUUUAUCAGUGGCGGCGAAAAUGGAGGAGCCACGGGUCCCGCUACUCUUGGACCUCCAAACGUGCGAUCCCAAAUACAUAUUCGAGGCCAAAACAGUGGAGAGAAUGGAGCUUUUGGUCAUGACCAAUCUCGAUUGGAGACUACGCUCUGUCACUCCCUACGAUUUUCUCCACCAUUUCAUCUCAAAGCUUCCUUCUUCCACUUCCUGCCCCGACAUCCACUCUGCUUCGUCGGAUCUCAUUCUCAACACCGCUCGCGUGUCGGAUUUUUUGGGUUUUACGCCGUCGAUGUUAGCGGCGGCGGCUGUGCUAUGCGCCGCCCGGGAAUGCUUGGACAGUCAGUGGGGACCUCACCAAGAACCGCCGUCGUUUGACGAGAGAGUAAAUAAUGACAUGGUUAGAAGCUGUCACCAACUAAUGGACGAGUACCUGGUUGACACGUGUCCAAAUGGCCGCCACAAUGCCCGGAGAGUCGAACCGGGUGCACCUCCCAGUCCAGCAGGCGUGCUAGACGCGGCGGUUUGUGGCAGCUGCGACACGCGGUCCGAGACUCCCGGCUCAAGAAGCCGACCCGAGCCUCCGUCUAAGCGGCUACGAUCCUCUGCUCUGGUGUACAUGAACAUCGGUGGGGAUUACAAUCUCUAAAAUAUAAUACAUAAGAACGUGGAAAAGUUAAUUUUCAUUUUCAUUACUUUUCCUAUUUAUUCGUCUGAAAUAACAAUGUCAAAGAAAAAGGGGGAAAAAAACGAGGGUAGUGGGAAUUUUUGGAAUUCAUUACUCUAAUAUUAUUAUUUGUUUUUAUAAUUAUUUACACGGUAUAUUAUUCUUGUAGUGAGGGUUAUUUUUGUCCAAAUGAAAAUUAUAAAUGGUAAAGUGAGCGGUAGUAUUGGUGUGUUUGAAUAGGGGGCUGUCUAGUUAUGUCUCAAUUAUUCCUAAAGUCUUUCAAUUCAAUCAUCUGUGCAUGAAAACCGAUGAACCAAUGGGGUCACUAUGGAGCCAGCAGUUAACUUUUUCUCAGGUGACUUUGACUUGAAUACCCUCCAAAAACUAUUAUCAAUUGUUUUUUUUAAGGGCAUCAAUUGGUUUAUUUAUGUAUUUUAUAUUUGUCAAUAAUUUCUUGUACAUUUGGGUUGUGGUCCCACUUGUUAUGUCCACGUGUCCGACAAGAAGUACAGAUUAUUGGUUGGUUACUGUGAGUGGAUAGUGAUAAAUGUUAUUUCAAGCUUUUUAA